GGGUUAUUGUCAGUCUCGGCAGCUCGGCACAAGGGCAGAACCGCAUCCCGGAGCUGCCUGAAGCAGCUAGCUCUUUAUUCAGACCUAACCCUUUCUUAUUUGGUUAAUACACCAAAGAGAGUAUCUCGGAGCUUUGCUAUCGAGGUUACUCCACAGCCUCAACUGGAAAUCUGAGUCUGAAUCGGGAGGCAAGACAUCUCAGAGAGGCUGCCGACGCCACGGAGAAAGUGACGGACGGAGCAGAGCCUGAUCACCGGGAUUUACAUCGCGUCACUUAAGGAUAUUUCAGGCAGCUGCUUUGGCCCAGCCAAAGGGUACCUUCACACACUAUUGCCUAGAUAAUAUUACUAACAUUCGCAUGAUACAUUUCACCUAAGGUCGUCUAUAGUGAGCAGGCGGACCACUUUAAACCCAUGCGUAACAGCGGUGGAUUUUGGAAUACUGCGUAGCAGUUCAACCAUCCAGUCUUUCGAUUAUAACUUUUGUUAUUUGGAGGUGUUUACAAGCGAAAAGAAGAGCAACCAGGACCUUUUACUUUGUUCCGGAGGCUAAACCUUGAAACCCGAAGCGCACUUGGUGCGCAAUCCUUCCGAAACGCUCCUGAAAUUGCCGACCUGCGCUUUUGCCCUCGCCAAAAAUUGGCAGCCGAGUCGAGAGAAAAGGCAAAGCUUAUUAACUUCGCAUGCUAGAGGCUAGUGUGGAAUCUAAUUCGCAGGGUUACCGGUAUAUUUGCAUACAAUUGGAAGAGGAGGAUAAACUUAAUCAACAUUUGACAUCGACUAAGUGGCCGCUGGAUUUUGGAGAACAGAAUGAAUCCUUUUUAAUUUGGACCACAGAAGUAUGAGGCAGAUUGCUCAGUGAAUGCUACAAUCUGCAUGGAGUUCUAGUCUGCACUACCGAGCAAUUUAUGGUUUGCCGCAGAACUCCCCCGGCUAUAGUACUGUGCCCACCUCGCCAUGCUGGCCUGUCUGCAGAGGAGGCAAAACCCUCCACCCCAGCACCCGGUGUGUGCCAGCAAGACCCUGGAGCCCCCGCAAGCCCUUGGACGGAAAUGUGAGCUGGUGGUGCCCACACAUUCCCCAAGCUACCCCACUGCGGCAGAACUCAAUGCUUUCGCUCAGAAAACGGCCAACAGCCCUCUGUCCAUCAAGAUCUUCCCCACCAACAUCAGGGUUCCGCAGCACAAGCACCUUAAUCGGACUGUGAAUGGAUUUGACACCACAGGGCAACGCUACAGUCCCUAUACCCACACAGGGGGCAACCAGGGCCUGCUUGCCAUCGUCAAGACCUCCUCAUCAUCAUCAUUAUCAACAGCAACCUUUGGCCCAUCAAAAGGUGUUCUCAAGAACUCCGAAGGCAGACGGACUAAGCUCUCUCCUGCCCACAUAGCUGUCGCCCCAUACCCUCCCCCUAAUAGUAGCACUUUAGCCAAUGGCCGCGGCCAAAUGGUAUACCACACUGGGCCAUCAAAGCCUCCAGAAUGCCCCAUACUGUCGGUUCCCCCAAAUGUCACUGUAGCUGGCUCAGUAAUUCCUGUAACAGGGGGCCGAGGCUUGGCCCUGCCAGCACAGUCCAACCUCCCCUCCAUCCAGAGCAUUAUCUACCAGAUCAACCAGCAUUGCCAGGCCCAGGCUCUGCAGCAGGUGUGCCAGGGGACUGCCACUGGACCGUCAAAUUCCAGUCCUUCCAAGCAGGGAACAACUGUUAUGGGGGUCUCAUCUAGCUCCUCGGGAGGAGGCUACGUAGUAGGAAUGGGUUCCCAGGCUAAUAUGGUAUACACAGGGCCAGGGCUGCCGGCUCAAAAUGCAGAGGCAAUGAAGUCUGGUGUGUACGCAGAUAGUAUGGAUUACAUUCUUUGGCAGAAGCAGCAGCAACAACAACAGCAGCAGCAGCAACAGCAGCAGCAUCAUCAACAGGCUGUGCUCCGCAUGUACAGCGGAGGUAGCGGAGGAGGGGGUGCCAUCAGCAAGUCCCCCGAGACUUGUGUUCCAGGGGGAGGGAUUAUGGCGGCACAAAUGUCCUCCUCUUCCUCCAGACCUUACCACCUGACAGCAAGUGCCAGCGGAGGAGGUGGGAUGGACAAAGUCAGUUCAUCCCCUUUGAACUGUGUGGGUAUGCAUGGAAAUUUCUCAGUGGGUCAAUACUUUGCCCCUCCGUGGAACAGUGUGUUGGUGACACCUGACAGUGACUGCUACAAUCCCCAGGAGCUUUUGGCCACCUCCACUGGAGGGCCGGUCACGGGGCACAGAGAGCUGGGCUACCCCCACCACCAUCACCACUACCACCAUCAUCAUCACCCUGCUAUAGACAGCGGGGGAGGUUUAUGCUGCAGCCUGCCCAGCAAGAGCUUGUGCAACACAUCAGUGCUGAGUAGCAGCUUGCAGUCUCUGGAGUACCUGAUCAACGACAUCCACCCACCCUGCAUCAAGGAGCAGAUGCUUGGCAAAGGCUACGAGACUGUGUCAGUGCCACGUCUGUUAGACCACCAGCAUGCACACAUCCGCCUCCCUGUUUACAGAUAGAGGGGGAAGUAGAGGAGGAAGAGAAUCAAGAGUUUUGAAUUUGUGAAGAAAAUCAAAGUUAAAGAACAGAGAUGUUUUUUUUAUGGGAACAGAUUAUUGGGAGUGGCACUGCUUUAACUAGUGUGGGAGCUUAUAGAAGAGCGGUUGUUGUGCUAUGUGACCCUAGGUUUGGAGGUUUCAAGGCACGCUGUGGCAAUCCCCAUAUGAAACACGGUAGUGAUUGCCAGUGGGAGAGAAAAAGGGAUUUCAAGAUUCUCCAGAUGUUCCAUUGUGUGGUUUGCCAAUAGGAAUUUUGGAUUGAUUUAUUUUUUCUUCAGUUUUUUUUGCUGUUGUUUUACUUACCUGAACUUUUUGAGGAGAAUCAUAGCUUGACAUGAAGUGCAAAUGGCACUUGUAUCCCCCUUCCAAAUACUAAGGAUGAAGCUACUGUGUAGGUUGUCACUGAAAGGGUCUUUAAAGGGCCGACGUUUAGGGCUGCUUUUGAAUCCAAAACUCUGUAACAAUACACAAAUAAACACACACAUAAACAAACACAUACAGAUACACAAUGUACUCAUGCGUGAGGAGACUAAAAUAAUACUCGGGUGUGUAUUUACAAGGAUCAUAAGGUUGAAUUAAAAGGAUAGUACAAUAUUAGUUAUGAUUGCUGUUAUAAUUGAUACUUAAAUUGCACUGCUUGAAUUUUGUUAACUUUGAAGUUUGGAAUUGGGUAGAUUGGAUAUGAUAUAUUUAAGAAACUUGAAAAACUUGAACCUAUUUUUUGUUGUUUUAUAUAUUUGUAGGUAUAUUAUAUGCUUUGGCUGCUAUGGGGAAAAUUGUCUCAAAUGCUUUUAUCAUUUCUAUUUUUUUUUCCACUUUUGUUUUUAUGAUUUAAUAAUUCCUCCUCAAGCUGAUGUGCAGUUUCUUAUGUCCUGGUGUGAGGCAUAGUCGCUGCUUUGGUUCUGUAAGAACCUGGUUGGAGAGCUCUUUUUCCUAACCAACACUGGAAUCUACAAUAAAUCUUGAAAUACUUAUUUAAAAAAGAAAAUGUCGCAAAAAACAACCAUGAAAAAGAAAUGUUACAAUGAAGAAUGUGAUUGGGAGGUUAUUUACAUAACUUUACAUGUAUGUUUAUGCGUGUAUGUGACUGAGUGCAUGCGCGUGUGCGCAUUUUAGUUUGUGUUUAUCAAAAUCCUCAGACUUUUUUUUGUAAUUGUGUCAUUAUAAGAAUACUACCACCAAGACUGAAAAACUGAUCACCAGUCCCAUCAACAUCCUAUCUGAGUAAUGUACAGGAGAUAUUUUGCAAAUCUUGCUCCCUUUUCUCAGAGGCUAUGAGAUAUUCUCUGGAGCUAGAGUAGAGAUCAAGUUCUCACAUGAGUCCUUUCUACCUGUAGUUACAGUGCUACAUCCCUUCUGUCAAAUGUUAUCAUUAUGACAGAAAGAGGUUGGGACAAACUAAUGUUUGGGGGUACUAGUCACCCCUGAUCCUGCAAACAUACAAAAUGGAAACAAUCAUGCCCUGUCCUCUGGUAUCAGAUGAAAUGAGACGAGGCUCACUGCUUUGCCUUGUCCUUUUCAGCCCCUGGUUGGGAGACAUUUAGCCAGGGCCAGUCUUAACUCGAUGAUUCAGAGCAGUGAAAUAUUUAUUAUGACUGUGAGAUUCUCUUGAAUGUACUGCACUUAAAUUACUGCGAUGUUUUCUUGCCUUGUGGGACCCAAGUAAAAGAGAAAAAUUGGAUCAGUGCAGCAGUCCUCUGGUCUCAAAUUAGCAUUUCUUUUGUCCGUCAAAUUUCAAUGGUAAAUUGAAUUUAGUAACUGGAGAGAAGGAGCCGGAGCUUUGUUGUGGGGAAAUACUGGCAUCAGUCUAGAUUUAUGAAGUGCAAUUAUUAUGACUGUAUUAACAUUUUUCUCUGAGCUUACACCAAAAAAAUGUAAACUACAGUUGUCAAUACAUUCCCAAUGUACCACAUCCCUAAACCCUAUCCUUUUUUGUUUUGAGGUGUAAAAUAAAUUUCUUUAAGAAUAUAUUCAGAAGCCACAUCUCGGCUUUGAAGUCUGUCAUUAUUUUUUAACGCAUGUCCUCUAGAAGUCAGCGGAAGAUUGGGCCCUCGUUUCAGCAACAGCUCUGUGAAAUCCAGAGCGGAGUGUGAUGUGUGUUGUAGACCCUUUACUGUACUGUACCUCUGCCAAUGAGAAAAACCUACUAGAUUUAAUUGAGACUUUGGCCAUCUAAAGAUAAGGGAAAGGAAUUUGACAUUAAAGAUGAAGCAGGAAAUAACGUUUCCGUGAUCAUUUGUACUUCGUAAAUAGAUCCAUUUUCUCCUUAAGAUAACCCCUGCUUAAUCUUAACUAUGCACCUUUAAUUUUGAGCUAAUGGUGUUUGUAGACCCUCUACUGUCUUUGAAGGCUGACAAAGAUUUCAGUGGAAAGAAUACGAAGCCCCCUUGGCUUAAAUUUGCGCAGUAAGCCUCCUUUACAUUCCAGUGAAAAAUGUUCAUGUUGUUUCAACAGCUUAAUACCCCAGCCACACUGUGAUUCCAGCAUAUUUUCUGUCUUGUAGAAAUAUUUUGACAGAUUUACAGAUACAUCCCAUCCCUAAAUCCCCUCCGUUUGGCUUCUGCAUCCAAGCAUUAAACCCUGUCACAUGAUGUUGAAGUGAAGAGGAGACACUUGAGGCAGUGGAGUUUCUGGUGUCUGGCCUUUCCCACCAGUGGAGUUCUGAGGCACCAGGCCUCUCUGCUAAUGGGAAUAUUGGGUGACGCCUGGCUGCUGGACACUGCCUGGGGAGAGUAUUCAUUCACUCAAAGGGUUGAAAUCAAACUCUUUUCAAAUGGCAAGGGAUUUCCUAUUAGACACUGCGAGGAAUCUGGCCAUUUUGAGCUAAGUUCAGCUGAGUGAAUCAGAGAAAAGAAGACACAAAAUGAAGCAUUUUUCUUUCCUUUUUAGCCGAAAUAUGAAAGAAUGUAAAGUUAUUUCACAUGUUGCAAUAAAUAUAAGGGUGUAUUAAGAUAAGUAUACCUGUAACUACUGUACAGGCUCCAAACUGUCUGUCCCCCUGGUCCUUUACACACAUUAAUGAGCUCCUAUUGAUGGGAUGCAUCUUAGCCCUGCAACCCCAUUCCACAAUUCCCGAUUUGGACAAUGGACGCUUAGCCCAUAUUAGGAUAAUAGAAUUAAAUUUCAAAUAGAUUUGUGCCUGAGCUGAUCCAUGCGUGGCUCACUCAGCUGCAGAGGCAGAGUGGCAUAUGGCAUGUCAUUAUCUAAGCCCACUCUCCCCCUGUCCGAGGCCAACAGGGUUCAGCAGUGCUUAAACAAACUGAAGGUUAGGACUGGCUGGCUGGCAUUGAAGGGGAGGACAGAAGGGUUUUUAAAGGGGGGGCCUCUGAGCCUCCACAGCGUCUCAGAGGGCCUCAGCACCGCACCAUGGCGCCUGGGCUCAGAAGCCUGCUUUAAAAAGCUGGCCUGUGUUUGAUGGAGGGGAUUUGUUUUCUGUUGGAUUAUACAUGGUUGCUCCCUGCCCGGCUGAGGGGCCCUGUGCAAUGUGACAGAUCUCAGCAUAAAAAAGAAAGAGGGAGAGAGAUACAGGGAGGGAUUUUGGGGUCAGAGGAGCCUCGAAGCAUCAGUAAUCAGGAUAAUUGCCAUGUUCCUGGUGCUAGUUUCAGCGUCCCCUCUUUGGCUCUGCGGCCUCAUUCAGAUUCAAGCUCUGAGGAAAUCACAUUCCUCCCUGAAAGACUUAUUGUGCCUCAGUUUACUAAAUUCUAGUAAGUGAAAUCUUCAUUUGUAAUUAACUUUUUAAUUCUUGGAAAAUAUUUCAAGUUAAGCUGCCCAGGAAAUUAUACAUUAUCGAUUAUUGAUCACGCGCCGUCUGAAUGAGGGAGAACAUUUCAAUCUAUAACUUAUCUCUGUGGAUACAGGCUAUUGACUGUUAACACAUUUUCAAGGGCACUGAGACACUCACAAGGAUGGCCUGAGGGUAAAGUGGAGAGGAAUUGAUGUAUGCUGGUUGUAAAAAUCCCUUUGUAAAUCCCAGUAAGUCCCUUACCCAGUGGAAAGGUCAAGUCAAACAUUAUGCACCUUAAAAACUGCUGAGAAGGAAGGAGAGCAGACAGACCAGCUCUUUCACUCUCAAAACAGAGGGGACGGGAGGGGACAGGAGGGACAGAGAAAAUAAAGGCAGCUGCUCACUCUGUUGAGUCUUGGCGCUGCUUCUCUAACCUACAGAUGACAAAAGAGGGUGAGUAGGGGGGUGACGUCCCCUCCACACCGCUUUGGUCAACCUCAGUCAUGUCCCCUGGCUGCCCUUGGGCCCCUGGUGCUCUCAUCUAAGAGUCCUUCCCAGCAUCCCUCAUCACCGUCUGCCGAAGAUAAAGUCAUGAGGCCGGUCCUCUCCGACCUAGCAAGAAAAUACUUUAAUCAAUAAUACAGUUGGUCCUGAAGAGGCUUGUAUAGUUAACCCACCAGCCUUAUAGCUUUAUUGCACAAUAUCUCUAAAAGAUUUGUUGUGUUCUUACAGCACAUUGUCAUCUCUAUAGUUCUACCGAAUAAAACUGGAUGGGUCGCGUGUGAGCGCCAUACAAUUUAAAUGUUGUUUUAAGCAUUUUAAUAAAUACAACAAAAGGUAAAAAUCAGCACAGAUCACAAAAUAAAUCAGGAUCUUUUCCAAAGGCACAGCCCCAGAGACUUUUUUUCUAAAAGGCAAUGCAGCAGGUCGUAAUUCCAGGAGCUUACAGUUUUUAUUUCUUCAGCGUCACAACUAUGUAUGUUCAGCUGAAAAAGCUUAUGGCCACCAAAUCUUCAUCUAUGGUGGGUAUAUUGCUGUAUCCAAUCUAAACACAAAAGUCUGGGGAUUUUGCUUUCUUUCUUCCUGUUUCCUUUUACUGUUUGUGUGGCUCUCCGAAUGUUCCUGUGAACAAACAGGGCUGUUUUUCCCAAAUGAUCUCAAAUGCACCAACCCUGCCAAAGUCUGAGGGUGCCGCAACCUUGAGAAAAUAAUAUAUAUGGAAAUGGAAAAUCUAUUAAGCAUCUCUCUUAUUGUUCUCCCUGCAGUGUUGUAUUUAUGUUUAAAAAAUGAUUUUGUCUCCUCAGGAUAAAAAAAAACGUAAAGAAGACCUUGCUUUUUUUGAAAAUGAUAUAUAUAUGAGUCUUAGAUUUCGAAAUAAGAAGUCGGAAUAUAAAAGAGAGCUGUAAAAUCCUUUGGUCGUGGGGUUUUCAACUUUUGAAUGUGCCUACAGCCAAGCAUCCCAGUGAUUGCUUACCUUCUACCCCCUCUCCAGUUCUGUAAUCUGCCCCUAAUCUCUCUACAACCAUCAUCUUCAAUUUGCUGAAACUGCCAGAGUUCUCCCUCCAUCCCAAUGACCACAGAAGAUAAUUUGUCUGUUCCCUGCUUUUUGUCAAUCUCAGGACUCAAAUUUCUUUAUUUUAUUGUAGAUGGUUGGUUUUCAUUUGACUUCUCCUCUCUUAUAUAUUAUUGUUUGACAUAAGUAAAUAAAGCAGAUGACUUCUA